CGACCUUAGAAUACCCUGAAAGAGUCACCUCUCCCUUCCGUACUUAUUCAUUCUGGCCCAAGCUCCGUUCUGCCCCAAGCUGCCGAACAGCACUGGCACCCUUCCUUCAGUGGAACGCGCUGAGCCCCAGGAGCACCCGUCUCGACCGAGCAUGCACCCUUCUAGCCCAGGGGGCGAUGUCGAGCGUGUUCUCUUCGGGGCCGGCUGCACCUACCUGCUGCUCGGCGCUUGCCUGCUGCUCCACGUGCUGGCGCGGGGGCUGCUGCAGCGCACGGUGGUGCCGCUGAGACAGGCUCGAGGCCCGACUUAAACCUAUCGAACCUGACUGGAAAGACGAGGGCAUCAACUCCGAUGCGCAGCAGGCGGCGCAGGAGUUCCAGAAGAAAAAACUGUCCCUGAUCAAGCCGCUGCUGCCCCUAGCCCACAUCGCCAGCAUGAUCUGCGUCUCAGCGAUGUGGUGUGGGGGCACGCUGCCUACGUCGUUUCUUCAGAACUGCAGCGCACUCGCAAACGCCACAAUUUGGAUGGUCCUCUGGAAGUUUCCGUUCGCACUCACACGAGUUUCUGCCAAUUGGAUAUACUCGGCGAUGAUGGCUAUCCUGAGCACCACGGUGUGGCCAAUCGCCGUUUCUGCGGACGCAGUCUUGGUGUACACUGGUGCCACCUGGGUCGUUGCUCUUGGUUUGAGCAUUGCGUUCUUGAAACCAUGGCUGAAUGCGGUCUGGAUCUUCGUCAUCAACGCAAUAUCUUGCCUCACUUUGGUUACUGGUCGGCGGGAUAGUGGCCAAUGUGCCAACGCAGAUCCUUUUCGAGAGUCGCUGCAACUCUCAACAAUCUCCGUCGUCACUGUGGUGUGCAUGUUUGCUUUCGAUCGUUUGUUGUACCAAGUAAUGCGGCUGGAGCAAGAGGCGCAGUCCUCGCGCAACGAGCUAGCCGCUGCCCAGUCCGUGCUGCGGAGCAUUUGCGACGUGGUCGUUGUGGUGGAUCACGCGCUACGGCUCAGGGACGACUCGCCAGGGUUGCGCAACAUGCUGCUUCUUAACCAGCGCCGGUCCCUGCGGCAGGAGGACGUGCGCAGCUUCCUGGCGUCUGCCGAGGACCGUGCCAAGUUCGACGAGCAGGUGGCGGCAGCCACGGCCGCGGAGCAGCCCGCGGGCGAGGCGCCUCGCCUGAGCGUCGCGUUCCACGUGUCGAUGAAGGAUAGCGCUGGGAUCACUCUGGAGGUUGAGGUGUUCGUGGUGGGGUUCCUCAAGGAGAAACAGCAGUUGCAUCUCGUGGGCAUCCGCGAGCAGCAGUCCGGGGAACGUGCGGCGGAGCUCCUGAGGUCUGAGGGCAAUGCGGGGCCACUCCUGACGAUUGGCCUGCCCCGCGACGAGGGAGACGAGCGAGUCCGCUCGUCCUCGUCCUUGCCUUCUGCCAGCUCGUCCGCUGGGACCCUCGAGGACGCCAACGUCAGUGCCUGCGUGGAUCUGUUGAGCCCAGCAUGGAAGAUCGAGAGUGUCACCGGCGCGCUCCAGACGUGCAUGAGGCUCUCGGAGGAGGAGGACGGUUUCCUCCCGCUGGUGAAAAACAGCCAGAGGGAACGGCUCAUCUCCUUCGCCCAGAGUGCGUACUUCCAGCUCGAGGAAAGGGGCGCUCCGGCCACCUUCGGGGAGCCCAUCUGGCUGCGCUCGGCGUAUAUGCGCCGCCUGAACCUCUGCAUCUCCGCGUCCUUGCAGCUGGACUGGUGCCCCUCGACUUGCCCACUGUCGCAGGGCAAGAAGAUGCUGGUUCGCAUGAGCCUCGUCGAGAUCAGCUGGGUCAGCAGCAGUCGGUGCAAGCCCCGCGCGAUGGGGAAGCCCCACCGGACCCACCGCGUCUUGCGGCCAUCCCCGCACCCGGACGCCACACUCCGCUUUCUUUAGGUCUCCGCUGCUGUCCCAUCCUUCCCGCGUAAUCUAGAGGCUAGGGUGUCGGGCCUUGCUUUCUAUGGCCUGGGGCACAGAGCAUAGGACAAGGACUCUAUUGGGGAAGGGAUGGGGAUGAGACGGCGCUGUCCGGGGAAGUGUUGCCCAGGCGAACGCGCCCGAGCAUGCCCAGGAAUUGCCAAAGAACCGCCCUGUGCCGAUCCACUGCCAGGCUGUGGCUGAAGAUGCCUGCAGGCCUGUGCGUUCUGGGAGCCACCAUUCGGCCAAUGCUGGUUGGUGGAGGCGGAUCGGGGGCCGACUGGUGUGCCCGAUCCGAGCCAAGACGCACAGAGAGGAGGCCGCCGUGACAUUACAUCUCGAUGUAGUUGAAUUCAAGAGAGCGCUUGGGCAGUCAGAUUUGCCAGAUAAGCCCUGAUAGAGCGAAUGGGGCCUCCACUGAAUUUCCUGGCACGUUCCAGUGCGGUCUCACGCUCGAGUCGGCUGCUGGUCAAAUGCCGCCCCGUCAGUCAGAAAACCAUGCGGGAUAAUUAUCGUCAUCCCUUCACCUGCCUUCUUUCUGCACCUCGUCGUCUCUGUCUCUCUUCAGCUGGUCUCCUCUCCCCAGCCACCUCCUGCUACUCCGAUCCCCCCCGCGCCAGUUCUGCGUGGCCCGGCGCCGCUCCUCUCUGGUUUCGCGCCGCGCUCCUCUCCGGCGCCGUCCUGGUGCUCGCGCCUCUCCUGCUUGACGCCGGAUGUGCCUCGCUCCCCGGCCUCUGCCGCGGCGCACUCGACGGCCUCAGCCCAGCUGCGACGGGAACGCGGGAUGUCCUCCUCCUCCUCCUCCUCCUCCUCCUCCUCCUCCGCCC